CACUUUGCACUGGCAACAUUUCAAUUUAAAAAACUAAAUGUCAAAAAGCGACGGCGUCUUGUCCUUAAAGGUUAUAAUUUGUUAUCGUAGAAAACAUAAUCAGCGAAAAUGGCGGCGGCUAUGCCCAUCAACCCAAAACCUUUCCUGAACAGCCUAACCGGUAAAGCUGUUCUUGUAAAACUAAAAUGGGGCCAUGAAUAUAAGGGGUUAUUGGUGUCUGCUGAUGGUUACAUGAAUUUGCAACUCGCCAAUACUGAAGAAAUUGUUGAUGGAAAUUGUACAGGUAACCUUGGGGAGGUUCUGAUCAGAUGUAACAAUGUUCUUUACGUAAGAGGGGCUGAGGAAGAAGAUGAAGAAGGGGAAAUGAAGGAAUGAUGUUAGUUUUACAAAUUAUAGAUUAAAAUUAGUUGUAAGUUUGUACUAAUUAAAUAAACAUAAGAUUUAUUUAAGACUUUGUAAUUUUUUAUAUUGUAUAACACCAUCUCCCUAUGUCCCACUCACAGUGCACAUGCACAUUCCACCUUCAAUGCAAUCCAUCUCUUCAUAGGCUUACCUCUUACUUGUAUACCCAUCCACACAGUAACAGUUUUAACUUGCACCCUGGGCAAGAUUUCUUUGGUGCCCUAUUUUUUACCAUACCAGACAGAGUUAAUACAAUUAUGUGGGACUAAUUCGGAGACCCGCAGCACCCUUUUCUUUGCAGAGCCAUGAGUGGUCGCAAAACCAUGUGCUACCCUAACGGUGGCACUGCCUCCAUAUUCAUACAGUAUAACAUUCCCACUUUGAAAAUUAUUUGAUAAUGCAUUUCAUUAUAAUUGUGUAUCUGUGUAACCUGUACAGAAUUUUUCAACAAGUUUGUCAAUGUCUUGAUCUUUACAAAUAAGACAAUUUUUAUUUUAUUUGCAUCCCAAACAGCAU